AUGUUAGGAACUGUGGGACGCUGCUGCACCGGGGCUUUGCAGGCUCUUAAGCCUGGGGUCCAGCCCCUGAAGGCCCUCGUCGGAUCCCCAGCGGUCCUUUCCCGCAGAGACUAUGCCGCUCCUGCCGCCGCUGCCAGCGUCGCCACCGGCCGCAUCGUGGCCGUCAUCGGCGCCGUCGUGGACGUCCAGUUCGACGAGGGCCUCCCUCCCAUCCUCAACGCCCUGGAGGUGGCCGGCCGCGACUCCAGGCUAGUCCUGGAGGUGGCCCAGCAUCUUGGGGAGAGCACGGUGCGCACCAUUGCCAUGGACGGUACCGAGGGUCUGGUCCGUGGACAGAAGGUUCUGGAUACCGGCGCCCCCAUCAGAAUCCCAGUAGGCCCCGAGACCCUGGGCCGGAUCAUGAAUGUGAUCGGGGAGCCCAUCGACGAGAGGGGUCCCAUCACCACCAAACAGACCGCGCCUAUCCACGCUGAGGCUCCAGAGUUCACCGACAUGAGUGUGGAGCAGGAGAUUCUGGUGACUGGCAUCAAGGUGGUGGACCUGCUGGCCCCGUACGCCAAGGGAGGAAAGAUUGGACUGUUCGGCGGUGCCGGCGUAGGGAAGACUGUGCUGAUCAUGGAGCUGAUCAACAACGUGGCCAAGGCCCACGGUGGCUACUCCGUGUUCGCCGGUGUGGGGGAGCGAACCCGCGAGGGAAAUGACUUGUACCACGAGAUGAUUGAGUCUGGUGUCAUCAACCUGAAGGACACCACCUCCAAGGUGGCGCUGGUGUACGGCCAGAUGAACGAGCCCCCCGGUGCCCGCGCCAGAGUGGCUUUGACCGGCCUGACCGUGGCCGAGUACUUCCGUGACCAGGAGGGUCAGGACGUGCUGCUCUUCAUCGACAACAUCUUCCGCUUCACACAGGCUGGGUCUGAGGUGUCUGCCCUGCUGGGUCGUAUCCCCUCUGCUGUGGGGUACCAGCCCACUCUGGCCACUGACAUGGGUACCAUGCAGGAGAGAAUCACCACCACCAAGAAGGGCUCAAUCACGUCUGUGCAGGCCAUCUACGUGCCUGCUGAUGACUUGACUGACCCCGCCCCAGCCACCACCUUCGCUCACUUGGACGCCACCACUGUACUGUCCCGCGCCAUCUCCGAGUUGGGCAUCUACCCCGCCGUCGACCCCCUGGACUCCACCUCCCGUAUCAUGGACCCCAACAUCGUAGGCGCCGAGCACUACGACGUCGCCCGCGGCGUGCAGAAGAUCCUUCAGGACUACAAGUCCCUUCAGGACAUCAUUGCCAUCCUGGGUAUGGACGAGUUGUCUGAGGAGGACAAACUGACGGUGGCCCGCGCCCGUAAGAUCCAGCGUUUCCUGUCCCAGCCCUUCCAGGUGGCCGAGGUGUUCACGGGCCACAUGGGCAAGCUGGUGCCCCUCAAGGAAACCAUCAAGGGCUUCAAGAGCAUCCUGGGAGGCGAGUAUGAUCACUACCCUGAGCAGGCCUUCUACAUGGUCGGCCCCAUUGAGGAAGUGGUCCAGAAAGCUGAGAAGCUGGCUGAAGAGCACUCAUAAACAUUCUGAGCAGAGAGGGGGAGGGGUCCUGUGGUUAGGAGCACUUGGUUUGUAAAACAUGUCAAAAAUACAAAUGUACCUGUCUUGUCUCCCUGAAGAAAGUUAUAUUUAAUGUUUCCAAUGAAAGAUGGAAUAAAUCGCUGUCUUUACACCAACAGACUCAUUAACUGCAUAUUUCUAAGGCUUUAGUUGUAAUAGAGUCCUGUUCCUUGUGAGGAAUCUUCUGAAAUGGUUGUCCUCUACUGUGACCACAAGAUGGCAUACUUGAGUUGUGUUGCAGGUUGUUACGUUUGGAAAUAAAAAUGGGGGAAAAUAAUUGGAAA